AUGUUAGAGCUCGAGGACGAGCCACAGAAUGAGUAUGUUCACUCGGUCAAAGUCAAAUAUAACGGCGACACGUUUGACUACUUCCUGUCCCUCAUCCUCGACAAUGACUCACCAAUAUUCUGCGGCCGCGAGCAAUUCGGAUUCCCUAAGAAGUUAGGCAAUAUGACGUUCGUGUCGAAAACUGGGUCGACGGUCGUUCGGGGCUACGUGGAGAGACCUGCAGGUCAAAAGGUUGUCGAAGUUGGUUUCCAGCCUGACCAAAAAGUGAAGGGAACGGUUGAGACAACGAUCAAGGGGUUAAAUUUGCGAGUUAUCUCCUCGGUGGUUUCGAAUCAGAGUCCGUCCGUCAAGGAACUGGUGCCGGUGGACGUCAGGAUGGAGGCAAGCGAGGUUUGGCAAGGCUCUGGUUCUAUCUGUUUCCCAGAGCCGUCAAGGUUUGAUCCGAUACAUGAAGUCAAAGUCCUUCGAUACGGAACGGCGACUUUGUUGCGGAAUGCAUCCAUUGCGAUCCCUCUGCCGACAAAAGUGUUCCAGCUAUAA